GAGCUUAUAAAUGACAAGGUGACAAUUUAGCCCAUCCCACAUUCACUGACUGUCGCGGUGUGCGAGAGCAGCUAAUCCCGGACCCUCCGAAAGCCGAAACAAACCGCUUCCAGCCAUGUAUGCCUGCGCCAAGUUUGUCACAUCUCCUGCUAUGCUGCGUGGGGGGUCCAGAGUCCUCGCCCGGCCAGUCUCAGUCUCCCUCUUUAACAGACCUGAAGCCACAGUGGAGCAGCAGGCCCUGUUGCCAGUCAGUCGGUCUGCAAUCCUGACCCGCUCCUUUCAGACCAGCGCUGUCUCCCGGGACAUUGACACUGCCGCCAAAUUCAUUGGUGCUGGUGCUGCCACAGUGGGUGUGGCCGGCUCAGGAGCAGGAAUCGGAACAGUGUUCGGCAGCCUCAUCAUUGGUUAUGCCAGGAACCCCUCUCUGAAGCAGCAGCUCUUUUCCUACGCCAUCCUGGGCUUUGCUCUGUCUGAGGCUAUGGGUCUCUUCUGUCUGAUGGUGGCGUUCCUCAUCCUGUUCGCCAUGUAAAUCUGGAAACACGCCUACAACUCCCUUCACCUACCCUUUCUUCCCUGCCUCCUUUUUUCUUUUUGCUCCCUUACUUCCAUCCAAAGGGGGAACCCCGAAUGUGCUGGUAGGCUAUUCAAUCAACGGGAAAAAGUCUGAGGGUAACAAACCUCCAACCCUACAGUUUUGUUCCUGUGCUAUUUUUGUUUUUCAGAAGUUUUAUGUAAGACCUCACUUCGGUUAAAAUCUGUCCAAAAUAAAUGGUUGGGAUAACUGAAAA